UCAUGCUGCUGCCAAGUCCAGAGUCUCUCAUGGGUCCCUGUACGGCCUCCCAUUGCUGCUGUCUCCAUCGCCACACUCUGCCAUGUGCCACUUUCAGGUCUCCUCACACACUGCUGGUGUGUUGAAUUUUUUGACAUAGGGUGCUGGCAGAUUACGGGCCUCCCAUAGCUGCUGCCAGGCCCCUAAUCUGCCAUGGGCCCCUAUAUACCGCCUCCUCAUGCUGCUGCCAGGUCCAGAGUCUGUCAUGGGUCCCUGUACGGCCUCCCAUUGCUGCUGUCUCCAUCGCCACACUCUGCCAUGUGCCACUUUCAGGUCUCCUCACACACUGCUGGUGUGUUGAAUUUUUUG